GGAGACACGCGUGAGGGAGGCUAAGGUUUAAAGCUCCCCUCAGCUGCGUCCGCUCCCCUCCAUCCCCCAGCCAAAAGGCAUCUUACCGUUCUCGCUCCGCUUCCUCGGUCCGCCGCGAGCCCGUCACGUCAACGCUGUUCUGCUCCGCGCCGCGCGCUCUGAUUGGAGGAGAGCCCGGCUUCUCCCAGCAGCCACCGCGGCCGCCUUAUUUCCACGCUAAAUAUAAUAAGGCACUAAGAACAAAAAAAUUUUUUGUUAAAUUAAUAGCUCGGGGGCGUAAGACUUGUUCCACUGCUUAGAGUAGGUCCGGAAAGCACCCUCUUUCACGCCCGCGGGAGGUGGAGGGAGGGUCAGCGGCUGUCGAAAAUACCCGGAUGUGAGCGAAGGCGAGGCAGCCACGCUCCCGCCGGUUGCAAUCACUACCAGCCGGGCUUGGUUGCCAUGGAGACAGGAGGCCCCAAGAGCUUCGUAUCUCUUACUACAACCCGGAGAUUUGGGGAGGGAGCAGUUAUUCUCCCUCCCCCACAAAGAUGCUCCUGCUGCAUUCAUCAAUCAAAUACGAGCUUUAAACGGAAAUGUUUUAUUUUAUAGAUUUAUGAUAAGCCACCUUUCAAACAGGUGAUAUAAAAAGAGUACUGUAGUAACAAAUCAAGGAAUGCCCUUAGCAUUAAAAUGUACAAAAUAAACCAGAAUGAUAAAAAGCAGUAAAAUAUAUUGAAAUGUUUUUAUCAGAAGGCUCAGCACCCCACCACAUAGAGCAAGGAUUUAUUGCAUCCAGUCUUACAGUGGCAUCUCAAAUAUUAAGGCUGCAAUCUUAAGCGCAUAUAUUUUAUCAAUUUUUAUAUUAGGCUGGUCCUAAGAAAGAUGCCCAACUGUGGACUUUGGAGUGCAUCCUGUAUACAGGCAAAGUAAAGUAAUCUUACUGGGGCUUACUUCUGAGUACUGUAGACUCAGAAUAUAGGAUUGCACUGAAACAAAUUCAUUAUGGUUUCAAGGCCACAGUCCACUUCAUCGUGGUAAAAGCAGCUCCAUUUUUUGUUGAAUAAAUAGCGAUGCACAAGAUACCCUUUGAAGCUUUCUAGUGUGAUAGGAAUUUUUAGGUCUUAGAUAUAUGUUAAAUGUUCAUAAGUGUACCUUUACAACACUAGCUAUGAAAUGCAACAAGUGCAAGGUCUUGGGUCAUUCUACACGUUGUGGUAUAGUAUCUGGAGGAAACAAAAUGAUAGCAAAGUUGUGUGCUAUGCUUUGUUACCGAAAUUGCGUUUUAUUGUGUGAUGCUUUUAAUGCAAGCCGCACUGGGAGGAAAGGUGGGAUAUAAAUAUGAGGACAACAACAACUGAAGCACUCCUCCAAAGUCCUUAUAAAUACGCAGCCGACGUGAUUACUGACAGAGUUUGUGUCCCAUGUGCAUGAAGGAGGAGAGGCAGCAGCAACAACCACAACCCCACGUAUCCAGGCGAGGGAAACAUCCCCUGGCUUGCGGCGGAGAGCAAAGAUCAGACCAAGGCCCACCAGAGCCACAGAGGGAAGCAGAGAGCAGCGACCACGAGGCAGCCGCCCAGGCCAGGUCCUCCGGGUCGCUGGGGGGCGAGCAAGGAACCGUGAGCCGGCGCUGGGCGGCGCCUCUCCCAGGCAGGAGGCGCGGAGGAAUUGUCCCCGCUCCUCCUCCAGGUCCUGGUGCUCCUGCCGGGCGGCCCCGCCAUGCCUUACGCCAACCAGCCGACGGUGCGCAUCACGGAGCUCAGCGACGAGAACGUCAAGUUCAUCAUCGAGAACACCGACCUGGCGUGAGGACAGGCGGGGGCUACGGGCGUGGGGUCGGGGCCUCCGCAAGCCUCCCCCGGGCGGGUUCCUCUCGGGCCGCGCUACUACCGGCUCGCCGCGCGCCUUGAACCCCCCGCUCUCAACUCACGGCAUGCACAUCGAAGAGAGAAGAGCUUUAGGGGUUCAAAACGCAGCGGGGCGCAGCUAGUCUAGCAGCCACAUCCCCCAUUGGGAAGCCCGAGUGCAGGGCCAGAGAGAGCACUCUUCUCCGCCUGGGGAUGUUCAGGGUUCAGGGGGCUCUGGCCUCCCACGGGGGCGGGGGGGGGCAGCGCGUGGAUGUUGGGGGUAGUAGCCGUCGAUUCACAGUGCCGGAUUUACCUAUAAGCUAAACAAGCUAUAGCUUAGGGCCCCACUCUCUUGGGGGGCCCCAAAAAAAAUUAAAGGGGGGGAACUGGAUGUACUUUGAUAAAAUACAUAUUUUGUUAUGUGCAAAUGGCUUUAGAUACCUAUUAGGUCCAUAAAUUACCAUAUAGCAUGUAUUCAACACAAAAAACAGUGACAUUUUGUUGUUGACAAAGGACAGCUGGAUAUAUAAAGGGCCCCGUUACCUUCAGUAGCUUAGGGCCUCAUCAAACCUAAAUCCGGCCCUGGUCACAGACCCCAUGAAUGUUAAAGCCAUCCAAGCUGCUGGCCCUCACCAUGUCUUGUGGGAGAGAAUGCCACUGUUUAACUGUGCUGUGUGAAAAAGUCAUUUAUCUGCCCUGAAGUUAUCCCACAUUCAGCAGGUUACAGCAUUAUGGGGCUUUUUAGGUUAGAAAAAAGGUGAGGAAGGCCAGGACCUGAUGGAAGUUUAUAAAGUUAUACAGUGGUACCUCUGGAUGCGAACGGGAUCCGUUCCGGAGCCCCGUUUGCAUCCUGAAGUGAACGCAACCAGCGUCUGCGCGUGCACGGGUCUCGAUUCACUGCUUCAGCACAUGCACGUGACGUCAUUUUGAGCGUCUGCGCAUGCGCGAGCGGUGAAACUCAGAAGUAACACGCUCUGUUACUUCCGGGUCGCCGCAGAGCGUAACCUGAAAACGCUCAACGUGAAGCACAUUUAACCCGAGGUGUGACUGUAUAUGCCACAGAGAGAGAUCUUUUCCUCCCACCCUAACACUAGAACUUGUGGACAUCCAAUGAUGUUGAAUGUUGGAAGGUUCAGGACGGAUGAAGGAAAGUCCUUCAUGCAAGCUCAUAGUUAAACUCCCACAGGAGGCAGCAAUGGCCACCAACUUGGAUGACUUUCAAAGAAAAUAGAUUCGUAGAGGAAAGGGUUGUUGAUGGCUGCUAGCUGUAGUGGCUAUACUCUGCAGUGAUGCUUCUGAAUACCAGUUUCUGGAAACUACAGGAGGGGAGAGGACUGUUGUGUUCUGGUCCUGUUUGUGGGUUUCUGUUUGGGGCAUCUGGUUGGCCUCUGUGAGAACAGGAUGCUUGGCAAUGCAAGUGCUUGUUCUUCUGGUUAAAGAGAUGCUAACAAUAUCUGUAGGAACUAUAACAACUCUAACUAUAACUCUCUCUAUGUAAUUGUUCUAUAGAAUAUUAAAAAUAGUUCAGAAUGAAUCUGUCACCAGCUGCUAUGUAUAACAUAGCAGAGUCUGUACUAUUGGGCACAUUAGUGAUCAUAUGCAUGCAUAAGCCCUGGAUGAGGAAGACUCUGGAGAGUAGCACUUUGGGCAGAUAACACUUAGAAACACAUGCACACAUCCCUAAAAUACCAAGCAGGAAAGGACUAUUGGUUUCCUCUGAAAUUGGCUCAGUCAUCAUUUCCCAUUAAGUCUACACUGUGCCACUGAGUCUUAAAUGACCUGUUUUCCUCAACACGACUUGGGAUUUUCCUCUUCAAACUACACCCCCCGGCUCCGCUUUAGGCUCCUCUGUUGCAUUGAAUAAUGAGUCGCUGUGUUCCCCUCCAUGGCCUGGUUGUGGGUCCUUUGCCCUGGCUGCCUUGUCUCAGGUCUCUGAUCCAUAUAAGAGUUUUAGAGGGAGAUUGCACCCAAGGCACUUCAGAAAUAGUUCUCAAAGCAUGAACUGAGAAGGGGGCUCAUAACUUCACACACGUGGUUCAGAAAUACAAUUCAGAUCGUAUAAACACUUUGUGUUUUGUUUUGUUUUUCUAUUCUAGAGUAGCAAAUUCCAUCAGGAGAGUCUUCAUUGCUGAAGUUCCCAUCAUAGGUAUUUCCCCAUUUUAUAUUUUGUCUCUUCUUGCAAGAUAAUAAUAUUGCUAGGCUGAUCAAAGAGGCUGGUGUGCAUUCACACGCAUCAUACACACACAAUAUCUUUUUGUCCUAUUUCAGAUAUUGUGCUCCGCAAGCUGCACUCAGGUAGUCCUCAGAAAGGUUGAGAUAUCUGAACUGGGCCUUGCACUUGAUUUCCCCCCUCCCUGACACUGGAGACUGAGGCAGUUUUUCCCCAGGGUUGGAUUUAUCAAACAGGCUAACAAAGUCCUGGCUUAGGGACCAUGAUUUUCACAUUAUGGCACUGGUGCAGUAUGCUAAUUAACUCCCCCACCCCAAAGAAUACAAUUUAAAGGGGUUCUUUUCCAGAGCUUGGUCUGGGGCCUCUUAAUGGUCUUCAAAACGCAGCACUGUUUUUGAUUAUGCUGGCUCUGAAGGGGGGAUUUAAGUGGUACACCAAGACUCCAAUUUUCAAGCUCUCUUGCAAGGAAAGAGGAAAAAAUAUUAUUCAUCCUGGUCAGUAACCUAGAUUUGAAUGUAUUACUUAGAAAAAGUUGUGCUUUUGCAUGCUUCUCUUAAUAGCGUUGAAGUUUUCAGCUCCAUACUAAAGUGGACUGCCAAGGCUUCUCUCAAGGCCCUCCGGAACUGUAGUCCUCUAUGGAAAUUCCAGGUCUCUAGCAGAAAAUUUUCAGCAUCGCCCCAGUCUGCAGUUCUCAAAGGAACUUGGGGCCACCCUUUACAACCAAACCAAUUUAGGUUUGUCAUAGCCUACACAACUCCCAUCAGCCCCAGCAUCAUGUAGCUGUACUGUCUGGAGCUGACAGAAAUUGUAAUCCAAAACAUAUGGAGAGCACCAGGGGAGAAGCCUAGUUUGAAGUGUAGACAUACCUCAGAGCCCACAUUCUCAUACCAUUGAUGGGUGAAAAAGUAUUUUCUCAUUUUGGGUUCUUACUGUCUUUUUUGCAGCCAUAGACUGGGUCCAGAUAGACGCCAACUCCUCUGUACUCCAUGAUGAGUUCAUUGCACAUAGGCUGGGUGAGUACGCAGAAGAAGGAAUGAAGGAAAACAAAAAAUACAACCCCUCAUUACUCUUUAAAGAGGGGCAUCAUUAACCUGUGGUGCAGCAAGUCUUGUAGUGUCUUAAAGACUAGCAAGUGUAUUAUGGUAGAAGCUUUUGCGGUCCAGAGUCCACUUCAUGAGAUUCAUGUGCCUGUUGUUUUUUUUCUUACCACUUAUAAAGCACCCAAACUUUUUAAACAUUGUACAGUUCACCAGCGUGAUGCCCUCCAAAUGUUGAACUACAACUCCCAUCAUCCCAUUGCCUCUUUCUCUUGCAUCUUUUUUAAAAACUAUUUUCCAGAUAUAAUCAAUGAGAUACAAUAAGGUACAUAAAGAAACAAGGAAGAGAGGCACGAUGUUUUGUUAAUUAAAAAUCAUAACAAUAUUUCAGCAAAGGGAAUUAAAAGUGUCCCUCCGUUAAUCCCUGUGCAUUUUAAUUGUUGCAAAAACAAAACAUUUAAACCAAACUGCAUAAAAGUUAUCAGAUCGUUUUCCUUUUUCUCUUGCAUGACUUGCAUUAGCUUUUUCAUAAGUGCUCAUUCCCAAAGUUGUUGAUCAAAUCUCCAUAAAAGCAGUUUUUAGGGAUCUCCAAUAUCUUGCUAUACUGAUUUGAGUGGCCGUCAGUCAUCAAAUUAAGCAGCUUGCCUUCCCCAAGGUUUCAGGUGGUAUAAGAGUAAGACCUGGCAUAUAUUGAUCAGGCUGUACGUAAUUUCCGUAGAUUUGCUUGUAGCUCAAGCCCUGUUAAUGGCUCAUAUUUUCAUAGAAAUCUUUCAUCCAUAUAAGCCAACAGCUUCCCAAUUUUAGAAUACCACCAGCCUGUUAUUAUUAUACAAUUAAGAGUGAAAAAUGAGAGGAAUGAAUACAGGGUUUGGAAGGACUGGUUUGGUGUGCCAGGUUUUCCAUACAGCUAAAUUAGCUCUUAAGUUUCUCCUGCAUCUUUUUGGGGUUUUUUCUAUUCUAUCCUCUCCCCCCCCCCCUUUGGAUACUGUGAUCUUUCCCCAAAAAGAGACAAACCCCAAAUUUUAAUAAAAUAAUGAGAUGUAUUGGGCAUUUCACUAUUUUAUUAAGUUCCAUCUGAUGUUUUUUCAGUACCUUGUUGAGGUUUGUUUCCCCACCCACCCCAUCCUUGUCUUUGGGGCUGUUUCUUUUUUUACCUCCAGGAUACUGUGAGCCACAAAAGUUAUUCUAGUGUCUGAAAUUUGAACAGUAAACUCUGUUUGUUCAUGCUGACUGGCUGGCUGCCUUCCAACCCUCACAUGGCUGUUUUCACUCAUUUCCUUCUUAGGUUUGAUCCCACUUACCAGUGAUGAUGUUGUUGAUAAGCUGCAGUAUUCUCGGGUGAGUCUUGACCCUAGUCAGCAAACUAGAUUUCUUGGAGGAUCACUGUGGAAAGGGAGUUGGAGACAGAGGGUCAAAGGCCUCCCUCACCACUUCAAAGCGGCCUCUCAUGGACCACUUCCUUCACAUCUCUUUUGCUCCUGUGUUGGCCACCAGGGCAUAGUAUCCUUCAGGAAGCCAGAAAGGAUCCAGGAGUGUCUUGUUUGUAAUUCCUUGCUUACUUGCAAACAACUAGUAUAUCAAACAGUCAUCCUGAUUUGCUUGCACAAAAUUUGCAGGAAGAUUAGAUGUCCUCGGCCAUUGGUUGAACAUUAAUUCUGAUUAGUUUGUGAGGAAAUUAGAUCAUGUUGUGUCAAGCAAACAUUAUAUCUGCCAGUGCAUUUCCACAGCAUUUUCUACUUAGUAGUACAGUGGAACCUUGGGUCAAGUACCGUCCUCCUUAUGAACACUUCAGGUAACGAGCUCCGCUAACCUCGAAGUAGAUGCUCCUGGUUGCAAACUUUGCCCUGGGAUGUCAGUGGAAGUUGUGCGGCAGCAGCAGCGGGAGGCCCCAUUACCAAAAGCUAAUGUUAAUGUUCUUAAUGUUAAGAACGGUUUUGGGUUAAGAGCGGACCUCCGGAAUAAAUUAAGUUCAUAACCGGAGGUACCACUGUAGUACAUUUAUAUCCCAACUUUUCUCCAUGGCUUUGCCCACUUCCCAUUUCUCUAAAUGAUCAUUUUCUGGGAAUCAUGAACAGGAGAGGUCUGUUUCCUUCUUGGGCAGCUUGCAUCUUCCCAUAAACAUCUGGUCAGCCACAGUAGGAACAGGAUGCUGGAAUAGAUGAGCCAUUGGCUCUGAUCCAUUCAGAGUUCUGCUGAUGUUCCUGUGUUCUAGUUCUUGGGGUAGGAGAGCAGCAGCAUCACUGAUUUAAUGCGAGAUGUUUCGAGUUGCAUUUGGACCAUCCUGUCCUGCUUUUCUUCCCCUCCCUUCAGGAUUGCACCUGUGAUGAAUUUUGUCCUGAGUGCUCGGUGGAGUUCACGCUCGAUGUCCGAUGCAAUGAAGACCAGACCCGCCAUGUCACAUCACGUGACCUCAUCUCUAACAACCCCCGAGUUAUACCGGUCAGUCCAGAGUUCCUGCUCUAUCUAUGCAAAGUCUCUUAAUUGUCUUUUUUGUACAAAUAAAAGGGAAGAAAUGUAGGAAAGCUCCAGUGCAGGAAUAAGAGAGGACAAUGCCUCAAAGGUAGCCCCAAAUACUGUACAUGCUGUUUCCAUUCAUUUGGUGGCCAUUUGCAUAACUAGUCCACGAUUUCCAUUAUUUCCUUUGUCAAUAUUUCUAAUCUGGAUUUUUUCCAAUCUCUCUCCAUUUUUCAAUGGUUUCUUCCUGAAAUGGCUGCAGCCAACCAACAAAGGAAAAAUACUGAUUUGUCCAAUGUCUCCUGCUUUCUGAUUCAUUUGAUCUUGCUUACUUCCUCCCUGCAUGGUUUCUACCCCAAAAUGGCUGCCACCCACCAGCAAAGCACAAAUAUGCAAGGAAAUAAGGAAGCAAGCAAACUCCCGAUGUUGAGAUAUCUCAAUCUGCUGUUUUUAGCAAGCUUUGGGCAUAAUUCUUUAUGUGCAGAUAAGUGAGUUUUUGCAGAGCAGGUGGACAGCAGGACCUGCAUGUAUAUGACGCCUGAUGCCUUAUACACCAGGGCUGUAACUCAGUGGUAGAGCACCUGCUUUGCUUGCAGAAGGCCCCUGGUUCAACCCCCAGCGGUAUCUCUAGGUACGGCUAGGAAAGAACCCUGGAGAGGUCAGAAAGCCUGAAGAGCUUCUGCCAGUCAGUGUAGAUAAUAUUGAGUUAGAGUGACCAAUAGUCUCCCUCAUUAUAAGAAAGCUUCCUAUGCUCCUAAGUCAGGGUGGGAGAAAAGCAGAUUGGGAUCUAGUGGUAUUCUGAUCCAACUCUGCAGGCCUUGUGUUUAAGCGAGGAACUCAGUUUUUAAAUUCAGAAGAUGCAAACUGUCUUCCUGUGAUCUCUUCUCUCUUGGCUCCACACAGGUGACGUCCAGGAGCAGAGAUAAUGACCCUAAUGACUACGUUGAACAGGAUGGUAGGUACCCAAGCCAAAGGCAAUCUACAGGCAGAGUUAGCAAUGUGAUUGUAUUUUAUCUCUAUGGAGCCAUCCUUUGAUGCAACUGAUGCUGUACCAGGCUGUGUAAUAUGUAUGGAUACCUAUGAAAAGUCCACCACAAUGCACCCAUAUUUUGGCUUCUGGUGAGAGUUGCCUUUAGAUGGCAGGAUUGAGCCCCUAGCCUCCCAAAGGGUUGCAGGUACAAUUGUGUAUGUUUUCUUUAGACAUCUUCAUCUGUUGUGUUUGUUUUCCUUAGACAUAUUCAUCUGCACAUUAUGGGAAACUCAGUUUAAGAGAAGGUCUGUUACAUGAGAAGCAACUUGUGUAAGGUGUUGGGAGGGGGAGCUCCAUUCCCAGCAUCCAUAUACACAUAUAUGAGUAGAGAAACAUGAAGAUGGGAUACCCCAUCCAGGAAUCAUGCCUGAACAGAGCUGGAUUCUCUGACCAAACUAGACUUCUUUGUUUAAUUCUUCCUGAAUUGUAUCCAGUCACAGCCUUUGAGGCCCAAGGGCUCUAUAGGCAUUAAUACACAUGUGCUACUCAACAUGGGAUGAGAGAUGGUCCAUGUAGGUCCCCACCCACCAUUAUGUGAGCAGCACAACUGUUGGUAUUGAGGGAGUGUCCUUGAACUAGAUGCCAAGAUCCCUGCCCCAGCAGCCCCAUGAUAAUACACCCCCGUUUGGGCUUCUGGUGAGAGGUGAUUUUGAAGCUACAAAGCAUCACAGCUGUUUUACACCACUUCACCAGUGUAUCUCUGUGUGUCUUCUUCUUCUAGACAUCCUCAUUGUCAAGUUACGGAAAGGCCAGGAGCUGAGGCUGCGAGCAUAUGCCAAGAAGGGGUUUGGCAAGGAGCACGCCAAGUGGAACCCCACAGCAGGAGUGGCCUUUGAGUACGACCCAGAUAACGCCCUGCGACACACCGUCUACCCUAAACCAGAGGAAUGGUGGGUUUCCAUACAGAGGCGUUUCAAGUGGGGAAGACACAAAGUUGUCAACUUCUAUUUCUCGUUUUUCCAUUCUUAAAUUCAGUUGACCAGAUUUCUACAUUGUUUAUUAAAAAAAGUUCUGAAGAAUGUUCACCAGCAUUUUAACACCUAAUUGACAUCUUUUCCCAGGCAAUGUCCCAGUUUCUCAAACUGGGACCACCUCAUUCAGGUGGUUCAUAACAUGUUUGUAAAAAUACAAUGAAAUAUCAUACAUUAUCUGGCGCAGCACAUUACAAUUGCUAAAACAGGCGGGAAGAUCAUUGAGUGGUCUGCCAAGACCUUCAGCAUUUUCAAGUUGUCUGUGAGGGGGUGGCGGAAGUUUAGGGACUACUGUACUAAUGUGCAUUUUUAUGCACACUUUAUGCUAAUAAAUGCAUUAUUGUACAUGGAUUUUGGUUCAAGAACUGCAUCACAAAAUUUGGAAAGGUGCAAUUUUUUUGUGAUUCAGUUCUCAAACUGUUGUAGGGAGUAACAAGUUCUUCUUAAAACACAAAUCAAACUCUUCCUCCCCAUUGUAUCUCUAGUUUAAAUAAAAGCAAACUGUUUAGGGUAUAUUGCGAACUUUACAUCUAACAUUAUGUGGAAGGAACAGAGAUUGGCAAGCCCUGUGGAUUAAAUUUUUACACAUCCACACAAAGAUGCCCCAAAAUGGGGGUGGGAGUCUGUCCUCCUGCUGGUUGCCCUGAUCUGUCAUUUUCUUUUUGCAACCAAGGUGAGAGAUAAAUGCAAGGUUAAAUCAAUAAAAUGUGCUGAACAAAUUUGGUAUUGCAUUUCCCCCUAUUUUUCCCAAUAUUUAUGGGAUGAGGGGUAGUUUGUUUUCUCCUUAUGGAUUCAAAAUUUCUGGCAAUGUUAUGUCUCUAUUCUAGGCCAAAGAGUGAAUACUCUGAAAUUGAUGAAGAUGAAGCCCAGGCUCCAUAUGAUCCCAAUGGAAAGCCAGAGAGGUGAGGAGUUUGAUAUCUUACCAGCACCUGGAUGUGUGUAUGUGUGACAUUAUUUUGCUCCCUAUAUCUUGUAACAGCAAAUUCCACAGUUUAAGUAUGCGCUGUGUGAAGAAGUAUUUUCUUUUAUCCUGAAUCUUCCAAAAAUUCGGCUUCGUUGGAUGUCCCCAAGUUCUGUUGUUACAAGAGAAGGAGUAAAGCUUUUCUCUAUCCAUUUUCUCUACAUAUAUCUAUGAUCUGUAUGUUGAAUAUUGUGUUAUAGCCGUAGCUCAGUGGAGGAGAACCUAAUUUGCAUGCAAAAGGUCCCAGGUUCUUCUCUAGAUAGGACUGGGAAUGUCCUUUAUCUUAAAUCCUGGAGAGCUGCUUCCAGUCUAUUUUGGACAAUGUUGAGCUGGGACUAGUGUUCUGACUAUGUAUACAUUCCCAGCAUAACCCAAAGCACCUCUUCUUCUCUGGUGAGUGACUGUCACCAGCCUCCAUGGAAAACUGAAGCACUUUUAUACAUUCACAAACAACUGAGUUGCAGUGCAUCCUUCUUUUAAUAAGUGGUGUCAUGAAGAUAGUUCUCUUGAGUUUUCCUUACUGUGUGCUGGGGCUCGAGCAAAGAGCAUCUCUCUCUGAAAACCUCUCUGGCCUCUUUAUCCUCUCAGGUUUUACUACAAUGUAGAGUCCUGUGGCUCCCUGCGCCCUGAGACCAUCGUCCUCUCUGCGUUGUCUGGCUUGAAGAAGAAACUGAGCGAUCUCCAAACCCAGCUGAGCCACGAGAUCCAGAGUGACGUGCUGACCAUAAACUGAGUCUUCUCUGUCCCCCAGAGUAGCACCAAUUCCUGAGACUCUUGCAAUGUUAGUCAGGAGACUGUUGGCAUGGAGACAGCCUCUGAGGAAGAUUAUGUCUGUCGAUGUGUCUCCUGCGGCUUUGGUCUGCAACUUCCAUCAGCCCCAGCCAGCAUAACUGAUGGUCAGGGAUGAUGGGAGUUGUAGUCCAAAACAGCUGGAGGGCACCAAGCUGGGGGGAAGGCUGAUGCUUGCCAUUUUCCCCACAAAGAACUAGGCCCUCCCCCACUUUCUUCCUCCCAACAGCACAGGUUGCCUUCUGUUCUUGCCCUGCCUGGGCUUUUGAAGCAAACUUCCCCUGCCUAGCAGAUGUACAGGUUACGCAACUGUUGUUUGAUAGCAUUUGCAUUUAUUACUUUUUGGAAUAAAAAAAAAAUUCUUUCCCACCUGCUUAACCAUGUGUGAAAGCUUGUCUGAUGCCUUGGGAAGGAGAUGUCAAAGCGCUGAUUUCUUUCCAGCCAACAUUAAAUUAAUGAAGGUUGCAGAUUGUCGCUCUGACAAUUUCCCUUUCAGCAGUUUUUAUGACCAGGGAGGUCUGGAAAGCAAAGCUCAGAACAUAAAACUGUAACUUCUAAUGCAGGAAUCGAGUAGCUUGAGCAAAAGUUUUAGAAAAACAACACGGUUCUAGCCCUGUUGCAGAACAAGAGGAAGCUGGGAAAAUUAUGAGCAUUCUUGUUAAAACUUAACAAGAAUUUACACGCCCUUAUCUUCCCCAUUCCCUAUUUGCGAAGGGGGAAUGACUCUGCGGGUGCAUAAUAGACUUCCAUUGCUUGUGCUAUCUUUAUCCUGCCCUUUCUCCCUAACACUAAAACACCCCUAUGAAAAUGUGUAAUGAAAUGUGAAGGUUGGGAAUCUCAGGUGAGAUGCCCCCAGGCUUCAGAAUAGUUGCAGUAUGGUUUAAAGAACCCUAACCCUCAGACGAGGGUUGUGCACCAGGAGAGCAAGGGAGAGGAGAAACUUCCCCCUCCUCUCCCUUUAUCCUCAAAUUAGUUCUGCAGGGAUGGGGGACCAUCCUGAUAAGAAUUUGGGAGUGUGGAGGGGCAGGAGGGCUGCUGGUUACUUUCAACUCCAGGAUUCUCUGAUUCUUUUAUUGAUAUUGUGAGUUAUGCAAGGGUAGGUCACAUCCAUAAGUGUGUCCCGAAUGGUCCCUUGGUUCUUUUAAGGAUGCUACUGAGGUCUACCUACCUGAUGAGUUGUGCUGUUGUAAAUGCUCACUAGAGGGCAUCCUUGCUUUGAUGAAUGCUGAAGCAAAGUGAAAAUCCUUCCUUGAGCGGCAAUCCGGUACCCAUUCUUUGUUGUCAUAGAAGUUGACACGCUUUACCUCUUGCAUGUAGCAGCAAGGGGGAUCUGUUAAUUUAGGGAGAAUGAUCGUUUUAGUAAUAGCCAAAAUGUCCAAUAUAGUAUAAUUCUCUCAUUUCCACCUAUUUAUUAAUGUUUUGCCAAACAGGUUUAUUGUUGUUUCAAAAUAAACUGUUCAUAUUUCUGAAUAU